AUGUCACCUUUUAGGCUGACUUUCUCUUUAUUAUUCCUUAGUUUUCCUCUUUUUUCUCUAUUCUCUCUCGCCCAACGUCAACUUCAAGCUUUGCCUUGCACUUCUUUCAACUUCUUUUUAUAUGCCUCUCUAUUUAUUUCUCUUAAUUACGUCUUUCUUUAUUCCCCCUCUCUUAAUGUCUUCUUACUGCUAAUUUUUUCUAUUUCACCGUCUUCAUUUUCUCUUUUUCCUCUCUCACUUUUACAUUGUCUCAUUGCAGCCUUUUCUCCCUUACUGCGCCUACUGUUAAAUAACUUCUUUUUCUUCUUCUUCUUCUUCUUCUUCUUCUUCUUCUUCCUUUUUUCUUCCUUUUUUUUUCUUUUCCUUCUUCUUACUCUUCCUCCUCCUUCUAUUUCUUCUCCUUUAUCAUCCUUUUACUUCCUCCUUCAUCUUCUUCCUCCUCCUCUUCCUCCUUCCUUUUCUUCUUUUUUCUUCUUACUCUUCCUUCUUCUCUUUCUUCUUCUCUAUCAUCAUUCUUUUUCUUUCUUUUUUCUUCUUCCUUCUUCUCUUUCUUCUUCUCCAUCAUCAUUCUUUUUCCCCCUUUUUUUAUCUUCCUUCUUCUUCUUCAUCAUCAUCCUUAUUCUUCCUCCUUUUUCUAUUUCCCCGUCUUCAUUUUCUCUUUUUCCUCUCUCACUUUUACAUUGUCUCAUUGCAGCCUUUUCUCCCUUACUUGCGCCUACUGCUAAAUAA